AUGUCGACCUCUACACUCCCCAUGGCUAAAGCCUGGGACAACGACGACGGUAGUGACCGUCCGUCUACGAACUCGUCCAACGAGUACCCAGAACAUGCCGCACAUAUCCGCUCCAGGUCCACUGCACACGCUCACAGCCCCAAGCGUCUCUCCGUCUUUAGCGGUCGUUCAAGAAGCAAUACCACUACCUCAACUUCUUCACGUCGGUCACCCGUCUCUUCGAUGACUUCGACAGAUAGUUCAAUUGCUUCUGACGAGCGAGCUGUCUCGUCAUUGGGAUACCGCUCCGAUAAGCAGGACAAGCCCUCUCGGUCCUUUUUGGCGCGGGGAAGCCGCAUUCUGCGCCGACAAGGUAGCAAGAUCAAUAUCGUCGCCACGCUGGAUGAGGAAGAUGAGGCCGAUCGUGAGAAGGGCCGGCCCGAGAGAGAGAUGUUUGGCCGUCGUGCCCGCCAUACCGAUCACAGCGAGCGCUUGAAAAGCAUCAUUUCUGAUCCUUUUGAUUUCCACCACUUGACUCAUACCAACCCCUCGCAGUUCCAGUCCUUGGAUCAAACACGUGAGAAUGAUCUCGUGACUGAGUUCUCGGCUAUCCGAGCAUCUCAACGGCCCCAGACUGAUCUGAAGGGUAUCCGCGCCGAGGACAUUCAUUUCUGUAAUUUCUCCUCGGAUGACCUGCGCUCGCUUGGAACUGCCACCACGGUGGAUGUGCCCAGCGUAAGCCCCCCGGCGUCUCCACGCACACGCCGGCACCACACACGCAGAGAAUCUCGUAUCAACGAGAAUUUCUCGCGGCCAGUCUCCAGAUAUCCCCGAUCUUGCCCCACCACUCCCCCACCUCCUGUUGUGCCGGAGACUCCCCCACCGGAAACUGAUGAGCCGGCACCACGUGCCAUUGAUGAAAUCCUGGGCUUGUCCACUGCAAUGACGUACCCACAGUGUCUCCAAUCAGUGCAGCCAACCCGGUUCUUCAGCCCUGAACCCGCAGAUGAAAGCGCUAGGACCUCGUCCAUGAGCAGCCAUUAUGAUCUGGAAGAUGUUCCCGAGGAAGAUGUAACCGAAGAAGAGGAAGAAACCCGGUAUUGGGACAGCUCUGAGUCCAGUGUGGGAUGCCCCCAUUCUCGCUCAACUUCUCAAACCAGCCCACCUCCAGUCAAUACCCAGUCACCCAGCACCAGCGAGUACAAAGCUCCAUUGUCGAUCCAUGUGGCGGAGGAGCUCUCUAGGAAGUUCUCGGAGGCGCUGGGCUCACCGACUCUCCCUCAACAUAUUCAGGACACCCCUCGCGCCCAGGUGGAGGUCACACCACCUAAGCCGGUCGCCAGUCUGCACCAAUUCUCAUACGAGGAUGAACUGUAUGACUCAUGGGAUGCAGACAUCGACUACUGCUAUGAACAUGCAGCCGAGUCCACCUCCAACUUCGAUUGGUCUCGCACAUCCCUGGAUGAAGCACGCCCUCAAGUCGGCGCUGCCCGCAGUGAGGGUCCUUGGCUCGCCCCGAGAACCCGACAGCUCCAGCCGAGCCCACUGAGCACCUCCGCCCUGCCCACUCCAGACCUGGAACCCAGCCCAGCCCAGUCGAUGCCCUCCCACUUGGCCGCCACCCCCUCGACCACAGACUACGAGCAUGAGUUCAUCGCGCGGGGCGCAGACUAUUUCAAUCCCGUCAGUUCCUCGAUCCUCCCAUCAAUGGGCAAACACCUCUCCCACGAACCAUUGUACGAAGAGUACAUGACGACUGAUGGCGAAUCAGACCGCCAUUUCCCCUUCUCGCAGGGCAUGAUGGGCCCCAUCUCCCCCCGCAGCAGCUUCUCCCCAAUAAGCAAGUGCAACUCGCAGGAGAGCCUGAUGCUCUCUCGCGCUGCUUCUAUCGUGCGCAAGCACCGCUCCUCCGUCUCGACGACAAACAGCGUCCCAGAGCUCAUCCACAGCUUGUCCAGCAGCCGCGAGCUCAUGCCAACGGACCGCAUAACAGCUGGCGAGGCACUCAUCCGCCCUGGGUCAUCCUCCCACCACCGCCAGACCAAGAGUCUCGCCGAGACUCACUUCCUUCUCCAGAGUGGCAGCACCACGAGUCUCGAGGGCGCAGAUGUUACCGUGUCGCAUCAUGACCGCGCCAAGUCCACUUCCGAGGUCGAGUCACUGCCGAUAAAAUUCGAGGCUCCUCUACCUCCUGUUCCUCCUAGAAAUCCGAACCGGAGGAAAGCUCGCUCACCAUCUUACUCUCUCUUCCCCACAACCGCUCACUGA